AUGGUGGUUGAGGCACGCUUUCUGGAAGAAGUUGCUCGAUACACUCGUGAGUGUGAGAAGCAAGUGUCUGUCACCGGGCCUGCCCCUGGUGGCUAUGCCAUCGCAGACCCUUCGCCCGAGCAAGAGAUGGCAGGUGCAGGCACUAGCAAUGUCAUCGAUGAAUUCCUGUACAAGUUGGAGAAAGAGGAGGGUGACCAGCCUCAGCCCGAGGAGGUUUCCAGGCCUGCCACGGCCCCUGCCACGGCCCAGUUGGCACGUCUGGUUGGUGGUCUUCAGUCGGAGCUCGGAGAGGCCAAUCCGAACCCGGCACCGGCGCCGCCGGCCCGUCAAGUCGUCGGGGUGCGAGGAGCUGAGCGGCUCGCAGAGCAGGUGGAAGAGCUUCGGGCCAAGAUGGCGACUGUACUCCGAGAGAACCGGAAGCUCAAGGAAACCAUCGAGGUGAAAGACCAAAAGAUCAGAAAGCUGUUGGAUGAUAUUGAAAGGAUUCGCAAGGAUCCUAAUGUCAUGCACCCAAGUAUUCUGCGAUUACGCAAGAUGGGGCUCAACACUCCUGCACUGGCAGAACUGGGCGACCGAUGGGCAGGAUAUGUCUUGGGCCGGACCUCCAUGGCCAUGGAGGUCGGAAGCUUCUCCUUCCGAAAUGUGUUCGCAGCGCAUGCAACCAACGGUGUUCUGACUGAAGAGUCCUUCAAGACAGUCUUGAGACAGUUCGAGCCGUCCAUCAAGAGCGAUCAGCUGACACGACUUUGGUACUUCGCCGACGAGGACGGCAGUGGCAGGAUCGACCUCUUCGAAUUCAUGAGAAUGGCCGGUGUGAACUCCAAUGGAGAGAUGACGGAUGAGUACUACGAGGUGGUGACCAUGCAUCUCUACCGCAAGUUCCAUGCACGGGGCGGCGUCCGACGCGUCUACGCCACUGCCGACAAGAACUGGGAUCAACAUCUGAACUUGGCCGAGUUUCACAAGCUCGUGCAGGUCCUCCUGAAGGAUGCUCAGCUCACGAAGCGUGAGAUUUCCCAGGUCUUCCAGAGGAUGAAUGUCUCUGGAUCAGGGAUGUUGAGCGUGUACGAGCUGGAGGCCGCCUUGGAAGCGGCCGGAGCCAAAUGCCACGUCUCAGAAGCCUGGGUGAAAGAGACCUUCCAUCAGCUGGCGACGCUGAUUCAGGAUGCAGGCUUGAACAUCAAGUCGGUUUUCCCUCCCGGGCUUGUCGUGGAAAAGGAGUUUCGAGACGUCGCUCUACGAUUUCUGACCCAGCUUCGUCCUUCGCAGCUGGACCGACUCUGGAAGUACUUGCAGGCGACGUGUGCCGAUGACGCCGUUCAAGUCAGGCAUGCUGGUGGCGACCGAGAUCGUUUGCCAUCUGACAGUGUCGUAGCGGUUGUUUUCGGGCCCACGCUGACAAGCAGUCCGAACGAGCUGUCAUCUCCCGGGCUUCAAGGCGCAGGUGCUGCAGGCUACUACGGCCCUGCCGGAGGUGUUGGCCGUGAGGUGUUAGAGCAGUUGGUGCAGCAGCUCGUCCGACGAGCCGGAGACGUCUCGCCGGACGUGUGCUUCGACACCUUGAGCCCCUUCAUCACAGCAGAGCACUUCCAGGAAAUGCUGUCAACCAGGCUGGGACUGCAUUACGACCCCGUGAAGGCCAAGCAGGUGUUCAAGCUGUGCAGCCGGCGUGGCUUACUGCUUUACAGCAGGCUGAACAGGGAUACGAGCAGCAAGUGCUGCAACUGCGGGGCAUCUGGCGCCGCCUUUCUUUGUAGUCGUUGCCACAAUGUGCGGUUUUGCUCGCCAUCAUGUCAACGAAAAGCCUGGAAGGGACAUCGCGAGCACUGUGCAGAGAAGGGGCUUGAUGAAUGGGUCAUUGUGCUACACACGGAUGCUCUGCCUGGCAACGAUGCUGGCACUGUGACUGCCGGUGCCGAGGUUGCAAAGAAAGCCUGCAGAGACAAUGACUUUGGAGGAAUGGUGGCCUGGAGUCGUGUUUUCUUUCUUCGAAGAGAGCCUGUUGCGAAACUUGUAGCAGCAGCGCAUCAUGCCCAGGGCACACAUCUUUGGCUUCCAGUGUGUUCAUUGCUAGAGAUGGACAAGGCGACGCCGAAGCCUUUGCCAACUGCUUUGCCUGAAGUGGUCGUGGAAGGCGCAAAGCCGGUGGAGAAAUUCGCGAGCCUGUCAGUGGCAGACAUGGACGAGAACUUCCACAAUAGCACGCCAGUCGUCCUCACUGAUGCGCAGGACUCGUGGCCGGCACGUCGGAAGUGGACUUUCGAGUGGCUUGCAGAACAGUAUGGGGACGAAGUGAUGCCUUGCAGCGAUCUGGCGCCAUUCUUUCGCCAUUGCGACCGUGGCAACAUCCGUACGGUGCAGGCCCCUCUUCGGGAAUUUGUGCGGUAUGUUCAAGGUCGUCCCAACAUCUUUGGACCGUUGCAAGCCCCUGACCGGGUUUUCUAUGCAAACGGUUGGACACCGUUUCUCGAUCACAAAGAGCUGCUUUCGGAUGUAUCUGAUCGCUUGUACUGCGUCUCGGAUUCCAUACCAGCUGGAGACGGCCCUGCCAAAGUCUUCAAUGCAAGUUUGACAAAGAUUUUCAUGGGUCCAGCCGGAACGGUUUCGCGUCUUCACCACGACACGUACGCGACACACGUUUGGUUGUCUCAGAUUCGUGGCAGGAAGCAGUUUAUCUGCUAUCCGCCCGGAGAGACUCAUCUGUUGCACAGCCUGCCGGUUGACGAGGUGGAUGGUCGUACAUCUCUCUUUGAUCCUUCAAAUCCAGACUACACGCGCUUUCCGGACGCCCGCAGGGCACAAGCAUACAGUGUGGUGGUUGAAGAAGGAGAAACAGUCGUUCUGCCAGCCCGCUGGUGGCACUGGGCGAAAAGUCUUACUCCUUCAAUCACACUGAUGAGAAACUUCGUGAACCACGCGAACAUUGAAGAUCAUGUUGAGAUUCGGAAACGGGCAGAGAAGGCAAGGUGUGGCAUAGUUCGUGCAUUGACACCUGGCAAAAGGUUCCGGCUCAUGUUCAAGGCCCUUGCUCCAGAUUCCCACGCCUUGACAACUCGGGAGUCUCUGGAGGAUGACCUCGAGAAAGAAGAGCAGCACCAGGUGCAGAGACUCCAGAACCGAGUCCUGCUGCUGCAACGAGAGGUGCAGGAACUGCGUGGACCUUCCGACCGUGGCCACUUGGAACCCACGGUCCCCGAGAAGCAGUUUCAGCAGCUGAGCCAAGCCCACGGCAAGGUCGCCAACCACUUGCAGGCAUUGCGAGCUCAGUUGCAAGCCGUCGGGGCCAAGGGUGUGUCUGACCAUACGUACAGCCACGUUCUGCAGCACCACUUGACGGCGCACUGGACAUCUCAGAAAAUGGAAGUGGAGUAUCGGACUCGAUACCUGCCCUUUGAAAUACGAGGGGCUGGGGUGCUUGUCAAGGAAGACGAGCGCCACUUCCGCAUUGACAACAGCAAGCUAGGAGAGAGCGCUCAGGGAGUGUGUUACCGUCUCUCCAAAGAUGCCAGUGACAAAGAUUUCGAACACGUCGCAUUUUGGAACAGCAUUGUCGCUGGAAAAGACACUGGCGAUGGUUGGCUCCUAUGUGACCUUGAUAGUGAGAACCUGGAGCUGUUGGAUCAGCUGGACCGAGAAACUCCACUGGAGACACUCAGCUCGAAGUUUUUCAAGAGUUCCAUGGUGUGUUGCUCCACAAGCUCGAACAUCGAUGGUCGAUGGAUCUCCAGUGUAUUCCCAGGCCAGAAGACUAUUCGCGGUGCUUUGGUAAAUGAUGGGGCUGUCACCCGCCCCCUGACUUGGGAUGGUCUGAAUGCUUUCUCAGUCAUUGUCGCCGGCGAAAAGCGGAGAGCUAGGCUGGUGGAAGAUCGGCUGUUGUGGCACGACGGGGAGCUUUGGACCCGUGAUCAUCGUGACAUGGACGUGGUGAAGCCAACCGAGAAAUUGGGCAAGGACCUUGAGACAACCAAUGCAAAAUUCCAGUGUGUUUGCCAAAAAGGCCUGAAACCUGGCAGCUCGAACCAAGAUGCAUGGAGCCUUCUGCGGGUAGAAAAUGAAUUUACCCUCUACACCAUUUGCGAUGGUCAUGGGCCACAUGGACAUGAUGUGGCGAAUUUUGUGAAGAACAACUUGCCGAGAGUCCUCAUCAAAGAUCCGCGCUUCAGUGGUAUCGGCAGCUUUAGCUGCAUGGGUCCUGUCUUUCUUGACGCCUUCCGCCUCUGUCACAUGCUGAUCGACACUGCUGACUCCUGUGGCAAGCUGGAUGCGCUUUGGUCCGGCACGACGGCGACAACCGUCCUGCAUAACCACCAGACUGGCCAGUUGCUGCUUGCACAUGCCGGGGACAGCAGUGCUGUUGUCGGAAGUGAAAGCGGCAAGGAGGUUCGUGCUCGUCAACUUACCCGGGACCACAAGCCAUCUUUGUGUGACGAGCGAGACCGGAUUGUGGCGUGGGGCGGCAGGAUUGAGUUCGACGGCUUUGCCGAUUACCGUGUCUAUGACAAAGAUGGCUAUGGUGCAGGUCUGAAUAUGACCAGAUCCCUGGGUGAUCUGAAUGCGCACUGUGACAGUGGAUUGAUCGCAGAUCCGGAACUUGGCGAAUACAUGGCUGCCAAGUUGCAAGUUGCAGCCAGCAGCCCAACCUGCCUCGCUGCUUGUAGUUCCAAGCUCUGUGCACAGGUUACUGCAGAAGAUCAAGUCCUCCUGCUUUGCAGCGAUGGAAUCUGGGAGUUCGUAAGUCCACAGGACCGAGGGAUGCGUGUGAGUGCAGUUAGCUGGCCUGUAUUGACAUCUCACGAGCUGCAGGAGGCUGUGGAGUUGGUUCUGAAGCAGAGCGACGCCGCCGCUGCUAGGGCCCUUGUUGAUGAGGCACGUCGUCGUUGGUUAGAGCGCGCUGCUUGGAGUGAUGGAUUGCCAUCCUGGAGUCGGGGGUGCCGAGGACAAGUUCCAGAGUUCACAACAGAAGAAUGUCGGAGCCAGGCAGAGGACUUUCUAGUCUGGAUCUGGGAGACGCACAUGCGGCAGCGCAUGUGCGAGGCGGCGGAGCUCGAACAAAAGCUGAAAGCAGAGACCGAAAGCUUUCAAUCACAGCUGCAGGCCCUGACAAAUUCAAACGCCCUGCUUCGAAGGAGACUGCGCUUGCUGGACGAAACCGCGCGCAAACGGGGUGUAUCCUUGACGUCAGAUGAGGAGCCUGAUUCGGAUGAAGCUCAGACCCCGGCGAAGAAGCCAGAGGUUCUCCUCUGCGAGCAACUACUUGUGUCGGAAAGGAAGGCUGUUGAGGAUCUCCCGGUGCCGACAGUGGAGGAGUUGUAUGGUCACGUGCAGUUGAUCCUGGCAAAGCUGCAGAAGGCCUUGCUUAGAAAUCCGGCCAUGAAGAAGGGGCACGUGCAGGAGCUGCUAAAGAAGAGCGGAGAUGUGGUGAUAGAUGGAAGAUGGAAGGUAAAGUCCAUCCUCAGCUAUUCAAAGAGGAUGGUGGUGGCCCUUUGCCAAGACCUACAUGUUGGAAGCGAGGUCAUUGUGAAGAUGAGCCAGACGCUGGAAGCAAGCCUUCAACUUGCACAUGUGGACUAUGUCCUUCGCAUGCUCUCGAAUGUGCCGAUCGUUCCACAGGUCCAGUACUGCUCGAGUCCCUCGUCCUCCCUGCCCUUCCUGGUGAUGGAGCUCCUGCAGGGCUCCACGCUGGAUGUCCGCUUCCAGGAGACCGAGGCAAUGCUGGAGUUGGAAGCAGCAGAGAUUGGACACGCACUUCUCAUGGGCAUGGAUGCUUGCCACCAGCGUCAGGUCUUCAAUUUGGCUCUCUGUCCGGAGAAUGUCUGGGUUGGGCCGCCGCUUGAAGGCUCUCGAGUUCGAAUUCUGGAUUGGAGCAUCAGCGAGACCGGUGCUGCAGUGGUGGAGAACCCGAAGCUUUAUGCGUACAUAAACAUGCGAAAGACAGGCCUUCUUCGAGGCAAGAACGGUCCGACGUUGAUGAGCGGCGGGCAGGAGGUAUCUCCUUCCGAGAUAGCUGCCAAGCGGGAUCGCCGCGGCCUGCUUCAGAAGUUGGUCUUCAACGGCCACGGCAGUCUGUACUACAUGUCCAUGGAACAGUUGUACCAGACGAUCAGGUCCUUCGGAAGGGCGGGAAGUCCAGCAACAAUUUCACAAAGUUGGUUUCAGGAGUCGAUUGGCAGCGUCGUCAAAGUCGAGGGUCGCACAGUUCACUGGUUUCAGAAGGGAGACGGCUUCGUCCAGACAAACCAGCCAGUCACUGUCACACCAUUGGGUCAGCUGUUCGAGGUCGAAGUUAUCAAAGCAGUGAACCUCGGCCGGAAACUUGAUUGCGAGCUGGGCUUCUGCAUCGGUUUGUGCUCCAAACCCCCACGUGCCAGCGAGAAGGCAAAGACAGAGAGACAGGACUGUUGGAUUGCCGGCGGUGACACCUCCUUCUAUUUGAAAGGGGUGCAACGGCGUGUUGGCAAAUCAUCGGCGGAUGGACAGCAAAAGUAUCUGCAUAUUGGCAGUGACCUCCAUGCAAAGGACAGGGUGGCAAUCCUGGCAGAAUGGUCUGGUGCUUUGUCGCUCUUCGUGAACGGUGAGCAGGUCGGUCGUUAUAGCAACGCCAUCGAUCACUCGGAGGUCGUGCUACCCCUCUAUGGAGUUGCAGACAUUUUCGUGCGAGAGGCCAGUGAGGAUUACACUGUGCGGUCCAUCGGCCUGAUCGGCGAUGAGAGUGAAGAUGGCUGGACUGUUCAGAAGGAACAAAUGGAGCGCGCCGCCGUCGAGCUUGCAGGAAUUUAUCAGCUCCUGCACGGGGAGGCAGCAGUGGCUACGACGAUUGGGCCGUCGUGUGAUUUGUAUGCAUGUGGUCGCAUACUUCUGAGCCUGUUCCGCGGUGGGCGCGAAGUGCUGCCAUCAUCAAAUCUGGACAGGUUCGCGGUGGCCUACGCAAACUGGGCACAAGCUGGGUGUCCACCGACAGAAAAGCGCUACGGUCUACUUUGGGCACUCAAGGAGCUUAAAGGUGAAAAAACGGAGCGCAGUGAGGAGCUGGCUCAGCUGGAGAAGAGUGAGGUUAGACUUGUCGUGUCUCGCUGCAUAAAGCGCUCCAGGUACUCUCGCCUCGGCAGCUGCUGGGAAGCCGCGGAGAUGUUGGCUUCUGCCUCGUCGUGGCUGAGUAUGUCCGACGACUUCAUGAAGUCCCAUCUGGAUGCUGUUCAGCAGGCAAAACGCUCCAGUCUGCUGGAUACACACUACUCACUUGCCCAAGAGCUGUACGAGCAGGAGAGGAAACUGUCAGGGGAGAGUCUGCUCAAUCGGGCAACGCACACUGCUAUGCAAGCAGCCCAGCACCGUGCAGAAGGUCGCUCUGUUUCUGCCCGUUGGAACUUGCGACCGUAUAUCAUCGGUCCAGCACACAUACAGCGAAUCCUCCAGGUGAUCCAGGAUUGGCCGCAGGGCCGGUCGAUCCAGGCGGUGGCAAUUUCGCGAUUUCAGCCCACCUUGGACGAAGAGUUGCAGGAGAGCCUGCUGAGUUGCUUCUCCCAGGAUUUGCAGCCGCAGCACGAGACCCAGACGCAGUCUGCGAAGCCCAAGCGACGCAGGAUGCUGCGCCACUCCGUUUGCAACGUUCAUCUGGGUGAUGCGACGCAGCCCUCUCUGUUCCUCGAGGAUGUGAGACUCCCAUCGGAGGAACUCCCCCGUAGCGUCUUUCCGCUCGAGGAAAUUCUUUCGCGGAACCUCUUGUGGCUCGUGGCACAAAUGGUGCGCAAAUUAGAUCUCACGCCUGCACCGCCCGGACUUGGGCAGGAGAAGCCGCCUUCGGUGGGAGGAAUGCCGGGUGCGGUGGAGACGCUCGUUGCAGGAAUGGCCAGGAGCACCAUUCUGGUCAGCCUCUCCUUACGUUCGUCUUGCCUGCGGGAUCAAGGUGUCUUCCAGUUGGCAGCCGCUGUUGCGAAGUGUCAGACGCUGCGCGAGCUGGAUCUUAGUGACAACAAUUUCGGAGCCAAGGGUGCCGCCAAGGUGCUACAAUCGGGCAAAGAGCAUCUAGAAAUGCUGGACUUAAGUCGGAACAGGUUAGGUGAUGCCGGUGCCAAAGCACUUUCAGAAGUCCUUCUGAACUGCCACAGUAUCUCAGUGCUGCGGCUGAGGGCAAACGGUAUCGGAGACGAAGGUGGUGAAGCGCUGGCAGAAUCCCUGAUGUCAGUGACGUCCUUGCGAGAAUUCGACUUCUCACAAAACGAGAUCCACCUGCCAACGUCUUCGGUGAUGCUGCGCGCUGUCUGUGCUUCCCGUGGGCUUCAGAGGCUCUACCUGGACAGCAGCUUGCCAUGGCCAACGAGUGACAGCUUCGAGGUCCAGGUUGCCGGCUUCACUGAUCAGCUGAGUGGCGCGCAGGCGGUGCCGUCAUUGCAGUUCUUGAGCCUAAGGCGUUGCGGGCUGUCCACCUCGGCCUGCAAGCUCUUUCAAUCUUUGGCUUCCAACUCGACUCUCCGGCAGCUCAACGUCUCUUGCAACGGCUUGCGACAGAGCGUGGCUCCUGCGAUCGCAGCAGCGUUGACAUCCGCCAGUACAGGCCUGGAGGAACUUGACCUGAGGGACAACCGGCUUGGAGCACAGGAUGCGCUGGCUGUAGCUCUGGAGCAGGUUUAUGCAGCAGCAGCUCAGGCUGGUGCCAUGCGUCGGACAGCUAGCCCCAUUGACUCGGAGGCAGAACCUCCAAAUCGCGGGUGGAACAACUGCUUGCGGCAAUUGAACCUGGCAAACAACGAGAUCACUGCUACAGCAGUCUCGAGGAUUGCCCCCGUGCUGCCCUUCUUCAAUGCCCUCGAGGAGCUCCUGCUUUACCACAACCCGAUGCUAGGGGACGCCGGAGCCCAGGCACUCGCCGAAGCACUCAAUCCUGACAGCUGGCCGCUUGCCGGGAGGGGCCUCAAGACGCUCAGCUUGGCCGCUUGCAGCAUCGGAGACGCUGGAUGCCAAGCUCUGAUGGCCGCAGCCCGUGACUACCAGGUAUUGACAUCUCUGGAUUUGUCCUGCAACUCCAUUACGGAUGACUCCGCUCCUGCAGUGUCUUUGGUGCUUGCUCAGCCUACGUCUGCUUUGGAGUCCUUGUCUCUCUCCAUGAACUUGCUCAGCUCGUUUGGCAUCUCGCAGCUCAUGGACGGUGUUGCCAGCAACAUUGACGGUGCCUUGUGCCAGAUCGAUGUGUCAACCCAGGAUGGUGGCCAAGGGAAGACCAGCUUCGUGGCAACCGAUGCGUUGAGUCCUCGAAGCAGCAGCAAGGUAAAAUCCAAGUUUCAAGGCGAGGGCCUGAGACAGCUAUUGUACAGUCACCGCGCAGAUCUCGAGCUGCAAAACGCGGCUCGCUGCGGUAUUUCCUACCAGGUACCAAGUCCCGCUACAUGGUUCUACUCAAUCACUACAAGCCUGAUGCAUGAAUGA